AUGGAACGGCGAGACACGGCUUUCCGCGGUUGUGUGCCCCCAGAGAAGAGAGUUGCUAUAGCACUGUGGAAGCUAGCUACUGGCUCAGAGUACCGGACUAUCGGCCAUCUUUUUGGAGUCAGUGUCUCAACUGUGUGUCGGUGUGUGCAGGAUUUCUGUACUGCAGCAGAGACGUUGUUGGUGCCAGAACAGAUACGGUUUCCUGAUGAGGAGAAUUUCAAGGAAAUGGCUGCCUACAAUGAGAAGAGGUGGGGGCUCCCACACUGUGUUGGUGCAAUUGAUGGAUCCCACAUACCGAUCAUAGCACCGCAGGACUAUCACUGUGACUACUUCAACCGUAAAGGAUGGCACUCCAUCAUUCUUCAAGGAGUUGUUGAUGGAAAGGGGCUUUUCUGGAAUGUGUUUUCUGGACUGCCAGAAAGCUGUCAUGAUGCCAGGGUUUUGAGACUGUCUGCACUAUGGGAGUUAGCCAGCCGGGGAAACCACUUCCCAGCUCACACCAGGAACAUAGGUGGGGUGAACACUGGCUACUACAUCCUGGGUGACUCUGCAUAUCCAUUGCUGAACUGGCUCUUAAAACCAUUCCAUGACACUGGACGACUCACAGCGGAACAGCAAACAUUUAACAAAAAAGUCAGUAGAGCACGGGUGGUGGUUGAGAAUGCUUUUGGCAGGCUGAAGGAAAGGUGGCGCUGCCUGUUGAAAAGGAAUGACUGUGUUAUACAGCUUGUGAAAUCCAUGGUGGUGACUUGCUGUGCUCUGCACAAUCUGUGUGAAAGUUAUGGGGAGACCUAUAACAGCGAAUGGGAUGCACUCACAGCAGUGACAGUCGUUGAGCCAGUCGUGGAAGUGGCACAGGGUGCAGAGGAGGGCAGAGAUGUACGUGAGGGUUUGAUGCGUCACUUGUUGUUGUGA